GGAUUCAUUCGCGCUCAGACGCGUCUGCAAAAUGACGUUUGUAUAUAUUUGUUUGUGUGUGAUAUUAUAUUUUAAUGCAGCUGCAAGUCAGCAGUUCCGAUAUGACUACAAGUAUAUCAGGGAAGUCAAUGGCUGGAUGAAGCACCAUAAAAUCCCGGCCACCUUCCCGGAUGCUCGGGUGAGAUGUCAGCUCGAAGGCGGAGUUCUGGCUUCGCCAAAAACUGAAGCACUCUCGUAUGUGAUGAGGAGAUUGAUGAAGGGGACUCACUCCGAAACUACUGGCAUAUUCACUGGGAUCCACGCCCUCUUCUCUAAAGGCGACUUUCACUCAAUCGACGGAACCCCACUUGAAAGAAUGAAAUUACAAUGGAUGCCUUCAGAACCUGAUAAUCUGAAUUACGACGAGAGAUGCAUUGUAAUGGUGUCCAACGGUAGCAUAGCUGACGUAAAUUGCUUCGACGUGUACCCUUAUAUCUGCUAUAAGGAGAAGACCAAGAACGUCGCGCUGACUGAAUGUGGAACCAUUGACAGAGAAUACUUCAUGGACCCCAGAGCCGAGAAUUGCUACAAGUUUCAUUGGGUAGCUCGGAACUGGACCAGGGCGUUCAUGGCGUGUGCUGCUGAAGGCGCUUACUUGGCCAUCGUCAACAGCGAGACAGAAGCCACGGUGCUCAAGGAACUCUUCGCGAAAUAUCCAAAAGAAAAGACAUUAUUCGCCUUUAACACGGACAUUACCUUAAUUGGCUUCCAUGACUGGGAAGACCGCAUUGUGUGGAACACUAUUCACGGUCAGUCUUUGGAAGACGCAGGGUAUUUUGCAUUUGGGGAAAACCAACCCGAUCAAAACCAAAUAGCAUCAGUCAAGUGCGGUGGGCUUUGGCGCAAUGGCCAACUUGACGACAUAUGGUGUGAUCAAAGGAUGACCUUUAUUUGCGAGAAGCCUGUGGACAGCCUGCUGGAGGAGGGCAGCCUCGAUAUUUAACCAUUUUUUUAUGUCAUAGCGGCAACUGAGCUUGUGGUUCGCCUGAUGGUAAGCGAUCACCGCCGCCCAUGAAUAUUAGCAGGAGUAGGGCCGCUGCAAAUGCAUUUCCCGCUUUUAAGGGGUUAUGGAAAAGGAAAGGAUUGAUGACGGAAAUAAAGGAAUGUACUGGUAAGGGUUAGGAAAAUGAUACGGAUAAGAAAAGGAUACUUGUUAUAUAGGACCCCUCCGAGCUCCCCAAUCACCGAACAAAACACUAGCAUAUUAAUAUUACACUCCGAUCUUCCUGUCGCAAGCUGGCCCAAUGCGUACUACAGAGACCUUCUGCGAGCCGUGCUUAAGUGUGGGAGAUGUCCCUCACUAAAGAUUGACUACCACACUUGAACGGCUGCACUUUGGCUUGUUUUUAUCUUAUACACUUAAAAUAUACAACAUUGUCAUCUUCUUGGAAUGGCUAAACAAAUAAAUGUACUAUUUUGUUCAAGUAACAAGUCCUUUUAAUCCUCAUAUCUAACUCAUGUCAUCAUCAAAACGUUCACACGUCAAGAGGUUUCUUUUAGAGACAUUGAAAAGACAAACAUUAUCAAAAACUUGCGCAUUUAAAAUUAUAAAGUAUUUUAAAUUAUAAACUAUUGCAUUGUGUCUAUGCAGUUGUUGUUUUUAAAGCAGUUUGUAAAGCGGUCCUACAAUAUGAAUUGAAUCAUGUAAUUUGUGUUUUUAUUAUAUUCUUAUUAGUUUAUUGUAU